AGACAGAGUAAGAUCGUUCGCCCGUAUGUACCUCAGUCGUACGUUUUGUCUGCAAAGUGUGAGGGAUUAUCAUCUGUUCGGUUAAAUUCGGUUUACUAGUGUAUGUGUUAUUGUUAUUCAAAAAUAAAAGAAUUUCCUGUAUAAAAAAUGUGAACGAUUUAAAUAAUGUGUAGUAAUUCGACAUUACCCACGGCUGGAAGUGCUUAUUGGAAUUUAAUUACGAUGGAUUACUGGAUUAAUGUCUAAAACUUAUAUGGAAAAUAUAAAAUAAACAUGGUGAACUAACAAAAAAAUGUUAUGAGACAUUUUAUGGUGAUAGGACUUAUUAAUUAGUGAUAGGACAUAGUAAUUAACUAAAAUGUAAAAGUUGUGACUAACCCUAGUGUUUGUGACUAUCUUUAACCUCCCCCGUAAAGACUAAUACCCGUAGACAGUAGGAACCAUGUUUUAUCUAACUCGUCGCAGAAGAGGGCCAGCGCACGUUCGAGGGGCUCGGCCCUUCAUCAUGGAAGUUUUACCAGAUAAUUUCAGACGGAACAUCUUGUUGAAAGGUAAAGGAAUGACCGAGGUUGGGGUAAUCCGGGGCAGCCCGGAUUCCGACUGCAACAGCAAUCAUCAUGGAUCAGCCAGUUACCUCAGCAAUACCUCUUCCCAAGACAUCGACUUCAUACAAGACAAUUCUGACUACCAAUGGUUUAUCGACUACGGGUAUAGAGAUGGAGGAACCAAUAACCACACUAGUAUUCUAUCUCUACCCGAAUCAUACGAAGCCGGCGAUCUCAACUAUUACGACGCUUUCUCGAAAAAUAUGGACGCAAAUUUGGCAGAGGCUGACAUGGAAAGCUUCCGAACCGAAGAUAUUCAUGCUUUGUUGACGAAUCUACCACCGAUGUGCACGGAUCAUUUAAGUCAAGAGAAUAAUAGACAAGGAGAAUGCUACGCCAGCGUAUCGGGAUCAAUGAUGGCUAAAUUCGACUUGGACAGCUCCAUCAGCCCGCACAGUAGCUCUCAAGGUGACGAAUGUUCAGCCAACUCUAACUCCAUGUCGAUUUGCAAAUCGGAAUUGCUUUUUAGUCCAGUCAAGGAAACACCUGUGCCUGUGAAUUUUAGCGUAGAUUCUUUGGAUUGUGAUUUUCAUGAUAUGAUGUUAACCUGCCAGGCUAACAAAGAUAACUAUACCAUUGCGUUUGAAGGAUCAGUUACCAUGUAUUCGGAAGAUAGUGAUUACAAUGAAAAAGAUAAGAGCCCGAAUUCCCAUCAUUCAGACAGUGCACACUGGUCGAGUAACUUGAACGUUCCGAAAAAGAAUCUGAAAGUGCUAGACAACUCGAUGACGAAGUCGGACUCGAGCAGUUUUACCACGUGGAGUAAGUUGAAGAAGCGCGGCAGCGAGAACCAUCUUCGACGGCAUCCUUCGGGAAACAAUAACAAUUCAGGAAGUGAAGCUAGUCAUUUAGGUUUAACGGAUGUGGGAGCUAAGAGCCAAAGUAUGCCCAAUUUGUACAAACAGAAGCUGAAAAAUCUGUCGCUGGUUAGUGAAUAUUCCAAAAAUAGUUCGACUGAUACAUGCACGGUGAAAAGACGUCCGGUCAAAGUGUUUGACAUUCAACAUCAGGCUAACAGUAGUGGCAGCGGUAGUGGCAGCGUCUCAGAAAUGGCGACCUCAGUAGAUGCUAGUUUUAGUGAUAAUGUCAACACCAAACAACCAAACUUUAAUCUGGUCAAACUUUUUAUGAAACAGAAAAGCAUGAGUGUGGAAGGAAUGUCAACUACCAUGGAUCAACUUCAGUCAUCUUCAGAAAACUGGCCACCUAGUCAGUCAGCGGAAAGUUCGUCGUAUGAAUCCAAAGAAAAUGAAAAUUUGAAAGCAAGUGCUGAUCUCAAAACAAACGAUUGUACAAGAACGUAUGACUUAAUAGCAGAAGAACCAGAGGAGGAACCAUCAAAGUGCGAAGUCGUAGAUCAACUUGCGGAAAGUUUAUCAAAGUUGGAUCUGAGUGGGAAAGAAAAUACUCAAAAACCCGAAAAAGUGUUACCUAAAAAUGUGAAUAAUAACAAUAGUUUUAGUGCCGAAAAAUCUAUGAAGAUGAAUAUUAAAAAUAUACUAAUGAACAGGAGUAUACAAACUUCACAAUUUUCAGAAAUAACUAAUCUUAAAAACGCUAACAAAACUUGCUUCGAUAAUACUAAAAAACAAAUCAAAGUAGUAGAACCUUCUUUUCUAAACAAACUUAAGAAGGAGGGUGAAGGUGAGAAACCCGUUUAUGUUUUGUAUCCUAAUUAUGUUCUGCCUGACUUAGAUUUUCUAAACGACAAAAACGUCGGUUCUGAUCUCUUGCUACUUCCCCAAAAACCUCCAGUAGUGAGCAAUAAACGCAGACCAUUUAGCUGCAAUGAUCUGGAAUCUUUGAAAAAGAAGGGAUUCGGUCACGUGCAAGACUGGGACUCAUUAAAUGUGCUCCUUCCACAGGAGUAUCGAAAAAUCUUAUCCGAAGUACCGGAAGUAUCUGAACAUAUCAAAAUGUCCGCAAGGGAAAAGCCAUCUUUUAUCCAAAAUAAAUUCGCCAAAAGACGACCGUUAAGUUGCGAAAUCAACCAGUCUUCCAGUUCAAGCACCGCCACCCAACCUAGUUCCGGAUACAGAGGCUCUUCUAGUUUACUGACUGACUCUCAAAACAGCCCUGUGCCGAAUAACAAUCUCAACCCGUUGUUCGUUUAUCGCUAUGAUAGUGUUACCAGCUCAGAGGCAAGUUUGUUGACUAGCGAAAAGCAACGUAGCAUUACUACCACUGCACCCGGAGUACCAGUAAGAUGUGUUAACUCUCAUCAGGAGGAAUGUUUGCCUCCUAGACCACCGUUGCCAAGAGGAAUUUUGAGAAAAGGUUUAGAAAAGGUGGACGUUAGCAAACGAUACAGCAUGUAUGAAACCAGCGAGGAAGAGAAUGUGGAAGAUAUCAACUACAAGAGGAAAUCUUUCCCAGAACCCUACUAUCUCUUACGAAACAAAAGAUUUUCUGAAACAGAAGACGAAGGUGUGGACGCUGGUACGUCUAGUAGUAGCCUUGAUGAACAUCCAGACAGUCUACCUCACCAUCAUACAGAGUUCAACUUAUCAAAUAUCAGCAACGACGAACUGGCUCAAUUGGAAGAUUUCUUGAAAUUAAGCGGAAUUUCAUCAUCUGACCAAGAAGAUAUUUCAGAAAAAAGUCUCGGCCAACUAAGAUCCUAUGUUAGCAAGUUUUUGGCUUUGAAAAUCAAUCAGGAUGGAAGUGAACACUUCGGAGGAAAGAAAUGUGUCAGUUUUGCUGAAAAGGUUAAUGUUUUACCGAAACAUUUGGAGACCAAACAGUUUAUUCCACCUAACAACUCGCCGAAUGUUUCUGCGUUUGUGCAACAGAAAAAUUACCAGACUAAAAACCUUACCGAGAUGCCCAUCUGCGAAGAGAACGAAAACAGUCCCAAUUAUUCUAGUCCUCAAACUACCCCAAUUCACCUCAACAAAACCCUUUCCGAUAACCUUAUUCAAAAACGUUCUCUAAUCAGUUCAGUUACCGAUUCAGUUGAGCAAAUCAUGCACCAUUUCUCACUGGCAUCCAAUCAGAUCGAACUAAAUGCACUGGGAGACUCAAGCAUAAAUCCAGCAUGCGCCAAAUUGGCAUUAACCACGCUCUGUCCGGCACUCUACGCAAUAUUAAGUGAUGGCUUAAAGCCGAGUCUUGAAACAAGUUUUGGGGCUAUACAUAAUUCUGUCUGGCAGGUGGUAGAGGCUUCUUCGCAGCAAGGGCCUCUUACCAAAGCACUGCAUGAUUUAGUGAUGCGUAUUAACAGCGAAGAUGCCAUAACGGAAGGAUUGGUCAAAUUCAACGCUUUCGUCUUCGGAUUGCUCAACGUUAGGUCCUUGGAUGCUUGGGCUAGUUUUCUAAGAACUAGAGAGAGUGUACUAAAGAAGCAUUAUACUGCAGAUUCGUUGUUGGUGAUGUCGCAUACAGGAGGAGCAAAUAUCAGAUCUCUAUUGGAUACGAUGAUCGCUGCUUUGCAGCCACUUGCCUUUUUGCCUUUCCAGUUGGAUUUGCUGUUUGAAUUUAAACAACUACACCAGAGCUUUAAGAGAAUGGAUUCGUAUCAUCAACCGUUUAGUCCUACGCACAAGCAGUCUCCAUCGCCCAAUUUCAAACAAUUUACCUCCGCAAAACUGGAAUUAUCAAGAUCGCGUUCUAAUUCAGAAUCUGAGGAAAUAUCAACAGCAAACACCGUAAGAAAUUUCUCAUGUAGAGAUCAAGAUCUGCCCGAUCUGAUCAGCACUUCUCCAGUAUCAAAAUCCAAGCUACGGGCUGAGAAAGAAAGACCUCGGUCGUGUGUAGAGAGCAGUGGAAAUCAUCCGAGCUUUAAAUUAGGGGAAGACAUAAAUGACAUAGCAAAGAAACGCUGGUCAGGUAUCUCUUUGACGUCUAAACUCUACCAAGCUUACGACAGACUAGCCAAAGAGGAUGAAGAUUAUACAGAUAGCUUAGAAAAUCCUCGAAAUGAUAAGAGCGAUGAAUCAAAUUCACAAGAAAAUGUUCCUCCUUUGCACGAUGACCAGGAACCUGAGUCAUUGGAUUCCAACUUUUCUGAUGAAAAGCCCAUAAAUGGCAAAAGAUUUAAGAAACUGCAACAACGUUGGGAAAUGCUAAGCGGACAAAAUUCAACAGAAUCUCCACCAACAUCGCCAACACAUGUGACAAAAUCAAAAAUACCCCGACCUAUCACUUCUCCUAUCAAACCCUCUGGAAUACCAAUACCUGUGAGUACUGCAAAGACUGUGAAAAAAGUUACCACGCCGCCAGGUGGGAAAGUUAUGCAUUGCAAAUCUUUACCGAAUGUUAAAAGCUCACCAAUGAAGAGAAACGUGCCCAAUACAAGGGCGAGCAGAAUGGACCAACUGGAUCAUCCGCAUGAUGCAGUGAGACACCCCCAAAGACCUAGUAGUUUACCUUACAACAAGCCCACACAAGCUAAUGGAAAAACGUCCAAAAUAACACCACCCAGACGUGCAGCGUCAAGUUCAUUAAGCAGAAAACCACUUACUCAGUCAACACCGAAGGUUGUGCGAACGAUAAGUCAUCGAUUACCGUCAGAAAGCGGACAUCUGUCCUACAAUGAAGGUGAGAGACUUCGCGUAGUCUUAGAAGUCGACGAGAAAUGGCUGUUGUGUUGCAGAGGCACUCAAAAAGGACUGGUGCCCAAAUCGGCGGUUAUUGCGGACAAGGGACGUUUCUGAUUGUAAAUAAAUCAUAAGUAGAUUAAAUAAUGCUGAGUUGUAAAUUUUUAUACAGACUGCACUUGUAACGUAAGACUAACUGCGAUCGGCGAGUUGUUAAGGAGAUUUAUAAAGGAUGCUACUGCUUUCGCAAGUAUGUAGAGAAGACAGGUGAACGUGGUUCUAGGUCAAAACUUGUUAAAGUGAAUUAAGGAAAAGAAUCUUUAUAGAUGUUAAACUUUACACGUAGUUUUAUUUAUUUAAAAAAAAGUAUUAUACAAUCUAAUGUGAUCAUAAAUUAUUUUUAAAUAUAUUUUGAUUUUUUAUAUCUAAUUAUUAUCUAGCAAACUUUAUCAUAGGUUUUUCUUUAAGUUUCAUUUAUGGAUUAUAAUUUAUAGAUACUCUUUAAACUUUUUUUUGUCUUUUUGAAUUUUCAUUUUUAUUUUACAUUGCAGAGGUAAGGAAUCUUGUUUAGGAUUAUAUUAUUUUUAAUUAUUCGCAAAUGUUUUCCAAAUAAGUAUCUUUAAAUAGUGGAUAUUAUCUGAUAUUAUGAAAUAUGUAUAAAACACACAAAACGACUUUUAUUAAACACUUAAAUCUUUAUUAAUUAGGUAGUAAUUGGCUAUUUACUAUAUGCAUUUAAACUAUUUAUAGAAUUGAGGGUUACUUAAUGGAAAUUUAUGUUAACUAAUAGAACAUAAAAUAUAAAACAAAAUGUUGUUUUCAAACUUCACAGAAUAUAAGCCAAUUUACUUGAAACAUCAGCUUCCUCAUAAAGAUGAUUAUUUUAAAGUAUGUUUGUGAGUUAACAAUCUGCAUAAUUAACAGAAGAUUUUAUUACUAUUCUUACCUAAUUAAAUAGCUGUUAGAGAUAGUCACUCUGACCUCCCGUUAUCUAUAUGUUCGUUAAGAAUUAAAUUUGUAAUUUUAAUAAAGAUCUAAUAAAUUAGAUUUAAAUGAUAUUUAUUCAAAAUAUUACAAAUGAACAGUCUUAAAAAUAUAGAUUUAAUUCUCAACGAAUAAAUAGAUAGCGCUAGGAGAUCAGUAUUACUGUCUACUACGGACAGUUAAUUAGAUGGAAAGUACUUAAAUCUUUUUUUAUUUAUAUUUACAUAUUGUUCGCAUACAAAAAUAGGUAGUUUAAAAUGAUCACUUUUAUGAGGAAUCAGCGGAAGAUGUUGACUAUAUUCAGCGGAAAUUAUUGAAGACAGUAUUGUAUUUUGUUAUAUUAUUAAAGGAUAACAAUAACAAGUUUUGACCUAGAGCUCCCUGACCUUACCUACUUAUACAUGAUUUGUCAAAGUUGUGGUGCCGAUAGUAGCCGUAUUACCCUGUAUAUUCUUAAUAGUAACUUGUUAUUAGGGGUUAGAUUCAAAUAUUGUUGCUGCUUGUUAUUGUGAUCAUUACUGCUGGCUUUAGAUACACAGUUUCGUUGCCCUUAAGUGAUAUAGUAUUAAAAAAUACUAGGUACUUAAUAUUAGAGGCCAUAUUUGUAUUAAAUGGUUUUCACAUUUAACAUUUAGUUCUAGGUAUAUUCAAGAAAUUGUUACAUUGAUCGAUAUAAUAGGACAGUAAACUCCAAUGAUAGUGAGGUUUAUAAGAACAGAUCAGUCUAAAAUCUUUUGUCUAUACCAUAUAUAUCUAUCUUUGCUGCUUUCGGACAGUUUUUCGCUCUUGCUAUCAAAUCUCUUUCCCUCUUCAUCUUCGAAAGUAUAAUUUGUAACGAAAUAAAGUUUCAUAAAAUUGUCAGAUGACUUCACCUGUUUUGUUUGUGUGUUCCCGGUCUAUUCUUUAUAUUCUUAUACCACGAAAAUCCUCAAAUAUUUGUAGAUGAAAACGAUGAUUUAUUUAUGAUUUUAACAGUUCUCUGAAUUAUUAUAGUUAUUAUGAUCAUAUUCUAAGCUAUUCAAUUUAAAUUUGUACUGCUUAUAUCUGAUGUAAUAAGUCAUCUUCUUUCGAAGCCCUCAUUUUGAAUGAUUCUAACCUUUUGGUUCAUGCAUUCAUAUCUUUAUACUUAUAAAAGGGUGAUCUAUGCCCAGUGCUACAAACCUGCCCUUGUUUUAUUGUUUUUUGGGAUUUAUCGACCGUGAUCUGGAAUUAUUUUUUCGCAAGUCUCGUCUUAGGCAGUCAGAACGAAAUAAUUGUAGGUCACAGCUUGUAUAAAGCCUACUCUCGUUGAUAAAGCUAUUCUUAUCGUAGAGACGAAUUAGAUUUAUACAAUAUUGAUUACAUUAGUAAGAAACAUUAGAUUGAUACAAUUAAACCUCAUCAUAGGAGUUACUGUUCUAAAUUUGACCUGCAAUUAUAAACGGUUUGUUUUCCAAUUAUAAAAGUCAUUUUGAAUAAAUUAUCAUACAUUAAACAGCGCUUGCGAAUUAACAUAAAACCAAAGUUGUUACUAUACCAUACAAAUCUCCAAGAUUUCAUGUUUUAAAAUUACAGACAACCAAAAAAUAUUUUUAUUUAAAAUGAUUUUUAUUCGCUUAUUUUCAUCCUGGUGGUUGGGUCUUUACUUUUCUACGAAAAUAUAGUUUUUGUAUCGGUGAAAGUGAACACCCUUACUAACAAAUGAUCCCACCUACCUUUCCAAUUUCUUACUCUUGAUUUCACUUUGAUUCUAAUGUAAUUUAGGCAAUCACUAAUAUACCCUAUCCACUCUCACUUCCUUGCAUGCUAAUAGAUUAGAAACUACAUUAGAAUUCGAUACAAAAGCACCAUAAAACAGUUCACUAGAUGUUUAAGUACCAUUGAACUUAAACUUUGUUGUGAAUUUGCACUUAUAGAGUUUUAAAUUUUUUGCGCACCAGAGCUUCUUGGUGGGCCGAGUAUUUUUGGAAUACCCAAGGAUCCAACCCUAACAGCUCUAAUCACCUUUUUGUUUUGAAAAAUGGAGAAAUUUGUCAUAAGAAUAACUUAUACAAAUAAUAUAAUAAUAAAAAUAUGAAUUGAUAUUACUAAUUUUUUAGUAUACAUGAAGCAAAAUCAUUUAUAUUUAAGUUAUUGUGCGUUUUGCAAAAUACAGUAAUAUUGGUAAUUUUUAUACCAACUUCUCCAUUUAAAACCUACUUCACUUACUAUCUAUGUAUUUAUAUUUCUUAAUUAUUUUGAUGGCUAUUCUAAUAUUUUAUUUUAAUUUUGCCAAAUUUGCCUUUCUAAUUAUUUGUGUUUUUAUUUUCUGGUAAGAUAUUAAUAAAAAGGUAAUGUAAAAAACAAAAAAGUUCAUCGCUUCAUCAUUUCAUUCUUGUAACAUUUUCUAUGAAUAUACAGUUUAAACUAUUGUGAUAGAAAAAUCUCAAAUAUUUUGCUUAUUCUAACUAGUAAAUACUAAUCAUGAGAAGUAUUAUAGGAGUAUAUAUUUACACAGUAAUGAUUGAUGUAAAAAUUUACCAAAUAUUUGUGACGGUGGCCUUUUGAUUGUAAAUUUUCGAUAUUUGUGUAGUUUGAACUAUAUUACAGCUUUUGCGCUACAAUCAAUGACUAUAACAUUCAUAAACUCAAGACGACAGAAAAUCCCUGUAUAGUGUGUGAGUUUUAUGGUCUUCAUUGUACACGAAGUUGUAACAGUCUCCAUAUGAUAAAAUUUAAACCUUAUUUUUCAAUAAAUAUGGAUAGGUUUUAUAUAUGGAGAAGACUUAUUAUAUUGUUGUCCUUAUUUAUUUGUAUAUAUGGAUUCGAAGGAUGAGAUAUUAAUGUGAUGUAUAUAAUCCUUACCAAAGUCCAACUCGAACGAUCUGACCGAUAUUCCGAUAAGCUAAGUUCAAUUUUUGGGAGCAAUUCUUUCGUUUUAACCCUCAUUUUCAAUUCAUCAUUAGUGGGUGCCAUAAACACCUAUUUCCUUUUUUGACCAUUUAUUGUAUAAAAUAAAUUAAACAUUUAGUUUUUAAGUUCCAUGUAAUGUAAAAGAUCCUUGUAGAAAUCAACCAUAAUAAUAUAUGAUUAUGAUC